CUCCGUUUCCCUAAAGUAUUGUACUUCGAUUGCUCCGAAACUAGUUUGUUGUUUGAAACUUGUUUGUUUCAGCUUCCAUUAAAGAGAUCCGUGCUAUUUGAACCGAACCGGAAUUCGCUUGCCCUCCGUCCUUUCUUCGUUAAUAGCAGAGCCUCGCUUUGCCUGAAUUUGUUAAGUUUAAUUCUCGGCCCAGCUGCUGCGUCCUAUAAAAUGCUCCGCCUGGGCCAAGCAACCGCUGUGUUGCGAUUACUUUCUACGGAGAGCUGCCUGGGGACUGUAGGCAUCUCCCCGAGAAGACCCGCGUCCGGAGAGAAGAAAAAAGAGAUCCUGUUACACGUGCACGGAAAGGCAGACUGCGGAAUCACAGAAAUUCAGAUGAACAGACCACAUGCCAGAAAUGCCUUGGGGAAAGUGUUUGUGGACGAACUAUAUGAAAUCCUUGAUGUUCUUCAUUUUGAUGAAAGUAUCCGUGCUGUAAUAAUCAAAAGCAAAGUAAAGGGUGUUUUUUGUGCUGGUGCCGACUUAAAAGAGCGAGCUCGAAUGAGUGAUACUGAAGCUGAUCAUUUUGUUCAGAGGCUCAGAAGUUUAAUGGACAACAUUGCUGCAUUACCAAUGCCGACUAUUGCUGCAAUCGAUGGUUAUGCCUUGGGUGGCGGCUUGGAAAUGGCCCUAGCUUGUGAUCUUCGAGUAGCAGCAUCGUCGGCUAAAAUGGGUUUAAUUGAAACUACCAGAGGACUUCUCCCUGGGGCAGGUGGAACCCAGCGCUUAUCACGCUACAUUGGCCUUGGCCUAGCCAAGGAGCUCAUUUUCACUGGCAGACAGAUUGAUGGGCAAGAAGCUUUCUCCAUGGGGCUACUUAAUCACACAGUACCACAGAAUGAGGAAGGGGAUGCAGCAUACCGAAAGGCAUUGGCUUUAGCUGAAGAAAUAGUUCCUCAGGCUCCAAUAGCUGUGAGACUGAGUAAAUUGGCUAUAAACAAAGGGAUUGAGGUUGAUAUUGCUUCAGGAAUGGCUAUUGAAAGAAUGUGCUAUGCCCAGAAUCUCCCUACUAGAGACCGUCAGGAAGGAAUGGCUGCUUUCAGUGAGAAACGACUUCCAAAAUUCACUGGUAAAUGAGGCUAAAACACCAUUUCUGAAAGUGCCUGAAUACAAGGAGGUGAUCAAAAGGCUGUGCCUUAUUGAAAAGCUUUUCCUUACAAGCUUUAUACUUUUUUUUGCCGGAUAAUGUAAAGGGUAUUACUAUUCAAAUAUGACAGUGAUAAAAAAAUCAUUUUCCAACCAAAGCAUGCACAAUGCACUUAUGAGUAAAUUUCUGUACCUGAAUAACACUGUCAAUUGCUGCUCUGUCACUUUUUUCUGUCACAUUGUUCACUUAGGAACAGAUUUCCUAAAUGAAGAGAAACUAUAUAUCAUCCCAAAGAGCAACCAGCUGUACUUGUUAGAUUUUAUAAGUAAUGCACACACACACAAAAAAGAUUCUACUCCAAAGAAAAUUUACAAUAAUGUAUAAAGUCUCCUUUGAAUCAGGUUCAGCUUCUGGUAGUUUAUAUGGAUCAAUCUAAUGCAGUUUUCUUGGUAUAGAUGGAAAUGGUUUGCUAUUGUUACUUUGGGGAUUUUUUUUAAUGGCUACCAAAUGCAGAAUUUCUUAUAAUUUCCUAAACAUUUUAAGAACAUCAAUUAUUUUAUGAUAAAAUAAUAUAAAACCGUAUGUAUUUUCUUUGCAUUUCUGAAUUAUAUUUCUGAAUAAAGCUCAAGAUUAAAAUACUUAACUGAAAAUGUGUAAGUAUGCCAUUGCUUUAUUUCCUUACAACAGGAACAUUGCUCAAUCUAUUAAUAGUGGGUAGUUCUAUUUUCUCCAGACUUGCUUGCUGACAUUUUGUUAUUGACUGUUCUUUUGAAAUCAGAGAGCAGGUAGCUACCUUUUAAGGUAGCAUGUAAAUACUUUAUUUGGAGUUAAAUUGUGUUCUAGUGAAAUUUGUAGAUCAUACAAAGUAUUCAUGGCGGCAAAAAAAAUCCAAUAUGAUCUUGAAGAAUUCCCAAAAGAUCUGGUUAAACAAUUGUCAACCAAAUUGCAAAUGUUCAGUUUAAAUAAACGUAAAGUUAUGCAUGGUGGACAAAAAACAUGUAGCUUCAAUAUAUACAGAAACGGGGGAAAAGGUCUUGAGGUUAUAUGAUGGAUAUCUGAAGUUGUGAAAAAUGUGAAUUCUGUGCUAGAAAAUAUUAGGAAAGGGAUAGAAAACUGCCAACACUUGUAAUGGUCUGUACAAGGGAACUAGAAAACUGUACUGUCAUGGAGGCUGUAUUUGAAAAAUAUAUAUAAAAUGGAGAACAGGACAGCUAAAAGAUCAUGGUUUUUGAACAACUUUCUUAUAAGAAAAGGCUGAAAUGUUUGGGAUGCAUUAGCAUAGAACAAAGAGAACCGGGAGCAGGAGAAUGAUUGAAAUACAUAGAAUCAUGAAUGGCAAGGAGAAAGGGCAUUUCUCUCUGGGCCAGGGUUCAUUCAAAGAAAUUGAUCAAAAGGAGGUUUAUCACAGAUAAAAUAAUGUGCUUUAUGCAGCACCAUUUGCCUGUAAAAUAAGUCACAAAAGUCGCCUUGUGGUCGGAUGGGCAGCAAACAAAUCUAAUAAAUAAACUGUGCUGAUAUUAACUUGGAAGUAUUUAAAAGGGGGUUGGAUAAAUUUAUAGAAAACUGGUCUACUGAUGGCUAUUAAUUUUGAGAUUCAGUGGGAGUGAGCUGAGAAUCUCUCCAAAUACCAGUUGCAGAGAAUAGCAGCAGGAGUGGGGUAUGUCUCGACCUCCUAUUUGUGAAUCCCACGAAGGUAACUCCCUGGUCUUUGUAAGGAGCAAAAUGGGGAAUAAAAUAGGCCUUAGUAAGAUCUGUUAUGGUUAUUUUUAUUUAUAGAGCUUAUUAACAAAACAUGUUUGUUGCUGUCAAACUAGAAAAGGGUGUUCAGGAAGAAAUAUAUUAGUUACAAAAUAUGGACAUUAAUAAAAUCAAAAAUAAAAUAGAGCGGGGUUAGGUCAAGUAGUAUACCAUAUUAGACACCCCAAAUUUAAUGUCCAGAUAGGCAGGUGUGUAGGAUGUAAAGUUUGAGCUGUCACUGAAAUCUAAUUUACUUUGAUCUGUGUUUCUCAACCUUGGCAAUUUUAGAAUGCAUGUUAAAAGUCACAAGAAUGCAUGUCAAAGUCUGUUAAAGGGCCAGUCAAGAGCAGGAAGAUUUCCCUUCUUAGUCAAUGUCAAAAGAAGAGCUUUUGGGCUCUUUUUGCCUUUUUUUCUGUCACAGGAGAAAAUCCUCCUGCAUCUCAGAAGUCUGGAAUUGGUGAUCCAGGAAAUAGAUAAGUGCAAGUAGCAAAAGCUACAAGCAAAUUAGAAUGUUGACUUAUUUUUGUGUGUGUGUGUGAGAGAAAAUUAUCUGAGUUAUAAUGCUUUUAUUAUCUGUUGUUCUAUUUUGUUCUACCUACAUAUUUCCCCCUUCUUUGUCCCUGACUGGAGGAAUCACCGAGUAAAACGCAGCAGAUUUCAAUUAUUUCAUUGAAUUAUUUCAAUUAUUCAAUUAUUUCAUUCCCUUUCUUGUUUUGGUUACCUCCUGUAUAGUUCUUUUCCUUUAUAUUGCUAAUGAUCCUAGCAUUGGUUAUCCACUCAGUCCCUCAUUCUCAUAUACCCAGCACACACAUUCCCAACUCUUACCAUUCAUUUAGCCACAGAAGAGAAGGGGGGGGGGAUUUGCUAUUUUUCUUCUCCUAAGUAAACCAGCACAGAAAAGGACAUUUUUUGAAAGCGAGUGGAUGUAGUUUUCCUACGAGUUGUGAAAAUAUCCAGGAAUAUUGUGCUUAGAGGAUCUAGAGAUCUUUCUGAGACCAGGGGACAAAAUCCAUAAAUUAUUGUGUUUACAUUUGCAAAUAGGCCCCAUUCUGUAAUAAUUGUUUGUUCUAUACUGAUCUUUAAUUGAAAUAAGCUUUGACUGACUAAUAAUUGGCAGUAUAAAAAAUCAAAAUAUUCAACUACACUGACCUUUCCCUUUCCAUUAAUGAGUUAUGAUCAAAAUGUACCCUAUUUUACCACACACUAUUCUAAAGUGCAUGAGAUAGCUUAUGAUUUUUCCUCAUAAGUUUUAGCUUCCCCCAAUUUUCCUCAGAUAUACUGCUUUAACUGUACUAGCAACUUCCCAUAAGAUAAAUUCAGCAUCUACUGAUUUUUCUUCUCACACCAAUUAAUCCAAGCCACCCACUUUGGGAGAAUAUAAAUGUUACACUCAAUACCAAUAAGAACAGCAAAAAUAAAAUUCACUUCUGCAUAGUUAGCUACCAUCUAGUGAAUUUGACCUUAUGAGAGCUUUAUUUUGCAUUAUGACCAAUUUUCUUGAAGACAGAAACAUGCAGUCAGUUUGAAAUACUAUCAAUGAACAUGUCUUUUUUUUUUUAGAUAAAGCCUAAAAAGUCUCUUGAUUUUUCCCACUCAUAGAAAAAUAUGUAUUUGUAUACCCAGAAAAAAAAAAUCAGUAAUUGAUGUAUGCUUACAUCAUUGCAAACAUUUAUGUACAAUAGACUAAAGCCGGAAUCUCUUCUUUGGACGUGCACAAGUUUACAACAGUGGUUUGUGACUGACCUGAUUAUUUGUUGCAUACUUUUAGUAGAAACAAGCCCAAUUUUCUUUGGAGUUGGUCCUCUGCUCCAUUUGUCAAUAUACAAGAGCCAUAAGUUAAAGCUAGUUACAGAACACAGAAAAAGAUUCAAGAAGGGCCAUCUUGAUUUU